AUGGCAUCCCGCACUGCAUCGUCAUUCCUGCGCCAGCUGCGUCCCAGCGCCCUCCGUCAGCCCUGCAGCGCCGCCGCCUCUCGCGCCAGCCUCUUGCGACAGCCACCCAACAACCUCACACGCCCGGCGCUCCUCGUCCGUGCCGCGCACACCAUUCCCCGUCCACCGCGGCCCUCCCAGCGUCCCGCUGUCCAGACCGAGCCCGCGACUGCUGCGACCCCCUCCGCGCGGGAAACAAGCGCCGCCGCGCCGCCCGCGUGGCAGCCCGCCGACGAGCCCGCCAGCGAGGGCGAGCGCCCCGAGGCCAAGAACCCGGCCUACUACCAGCUCUCCUUCACCUGCGUGCCGUGCAGCCACCGGUCGCACCACAACGUCUCCAAGCAGGGCUACCACACGGGCUCCAUCCUCAUCACCUGCCCGAGCUGCCGCAACCGACACGUCAUCAGCGACCACCUCAACAUAUUUGGCGACCGCAAGCUCACUGUCGAGGACCUCAUGCGCGAAAAGGGCCGUCUGGUCAAGCGCGGCAGCCUCGGCGAGGACGGCGACAUUGAGUUUUGGCCCGAUGAGGAGGAGGCGCCCGAGACCAAGACCGGCAGCUCAUAA